CAUGCCUGUAAAAAUGGCUGAGCACGACCUGUGAAGUGUACAUACAAAAUAAUAAAGUAAUAAUCUUUCGGUGAUAACCACUUUUUCGAAUUAUUUUAUUUUACUUUUCAUCUAAGUUAAAUGUAACUACGAUAUUAAAUAAAAUUAUAUUUUUUGUUUUCAAUGAGUAAACAAUACUUCCGGAAGAUCAUAGAAAUUUAAUAUUUUUUUUCAUUUAAUAACCAUUGCAUUAUUUGAUCGAUACUUGGGUACAGAGUUUACGGUUAAAAACAUUAAGAUUGACGGCUACGACAGUUCUACUAAGACUGCUUGCGACCACAUUGGAAUAAAUUAUUAUUACGCUACUAUGGUAAUAUUAGCGUGAAAGAGACGUAAAUAGUGAAUAUGCUUGUGUUACUCACAGAUGGCAGCACGUAAUAUACACAAUUGCAUCGCUAUUAAAACACACCGUGGAAAGACGGAAUCGUAGCCGUGUGACUGUGUAUGUUUUAAUCAUCAUAAAAUAUCCAUAAAUCAAUAUAGGUACAUAAUUAAAAUUAACAACACUUGUGGUAAAAAAUAUUACGUAUAGUUAAGUUAUAAAAAUACCUAAGUAAUAUAAAUUGAAUCAAUGACUCCCAUUAAGAUGGAAAAAUAUCAAUGGAUUAAUCCUGAUAACCAUAGUAUUGCCGUUGAUGACCAGAAACAACCAGUUUUAAAUGAAAAUGGCGACCUUAUUGUGUUGGACAACGAAAGCGGAAAGUGUAUAGCUGUUCCUAACUCAGAGGAUGUAUUGGAAAUCUUUGGUUUUGGGUAUCAUGGGAGUUACGGGUCACCCCCCGGGUCACCAAAAGAUUCGCCUGACCGUGAUAUGAAACCAAUCGUCCAAGUCUUGACAGGCCCUCUGACGCCCAGUAAUAGUUUUCCAAAAUCAUUUUUCACUGACGGGGUGGAGGAGACAUCCGACACCGAUCAACUACUAUGGAGCAUGAGGACGCCAUGCCAGAAGGAUAUCGAAGCGACCAGGGAGAUGCUGGGAUUAGUGGCCUCUAAAAAAUACCAAGAUAUGUUCAACGACCAAUGCACGGUCAAGAUUCGGGUGUGGAAGCGAAUAUGCGAGGAACUAAUGUCGAAAGGGUACAGAAUCGCGGACUCAGUUAACGAAGGUGGCAUUAAGUGCCACCAGAAGUGGCGCAACCUGGAGAAGUCGUACCGGAACUACUUAAUUAGCUCGACAGACCCGAACAGUUCGGCCCCCAAAAAACCACCCCCGUACUUCGAGGCACUACACGACAUUCUCAAGCGGAAGAAGAAGUACGCAAACGCCGCCACAUACACGCAAACUGUGGUGAUCGGCGAAGACAUGGCCGACCCAGACGCGUCGAACGUCAGCGGCAUGCAGAACCAUCACAUGAACGACUCGGACGCGGCACUGGACGAUAUGGACGAUAUGGACGGCACGAAUGACGACCACUGUUACGUGGUCAACAGUUCCGGGCACGUGUCCAAGCGGUUCAAAGUGGACCCGCUGACAAUGUGCUCGACCACUAGCGGUGGUGGCGGCGGUGGCAACGGCGGUGGAGGCGUCGGUUUGUCGUCGUCCCGACGGCAUCAUCACGUCCAGCAACCGGACGUGCUGGAACAGAUACUGGAACAGAUGGUCCGCGUACACCGGGACACGUUGUCCAUGCACGACCGGCACUUCACCAGGAUGGAGAAGCUGAUGAAGGAAAACGCAUCGCAGACCAAGCGGCUGGCCGACGUCAUGAGUCAGUUGUUGCACAGCAGCCGGAUGGACGAUUGCGGUAGCGGCAAAAGCAACGACAAGUCGACCGGCAUGACGUCGUCAGACAUCGAAUGAUCAGAGUUCCUCGCGGCUCUUAGUAUAUAAAGUGUACAAUAUUAUAUAUUUUCUAUCGGCGGACGCGGCGCCGAUGAUUAACGUUACCCACACAACUUAGCGCCUCGUUCGUAUAUUUUUCUUAUCCAUGUACCACUGCAGAAUUGUGUACACAUUUAAACAAUUUUCAUGUAAUCCCACCCCACUUUCCCCUCCCACCAAUUUAGGCUCCCAAUUUUUUUCAAGUUACAUUUUAAUGGUUUAAAUAAUAUGUAAUAAUAAAUAUACAUACGCAUUUAGAUAUAAGAAUUAAUGAAGUAGCGCGCCGUUUUCAUGUAUGUUUGUGACGCGCAUGGUUAUCAUCUUGUUCGGUAUUCUUUUACACUCUUGAGUAUAAUUCAUAUUAAUUAUAAGUUACUUGAAACCAUUAUACCAUUAUGAUAAUAAAACCAUUAUUAUAUAAUA